AUGCUAUGUUCUUCAGCAUUCACUCCUUUGAAAUCACUCCCUACAAUAAUGUUGAGCCACCUUGCGGUUAUCUUCAUAUCUCUUGUCAGUGCGACACUUGCUGAUACCAGCUAUGACUCGACCACUACCAUUACACUUACUCCUACGAUCACGAUGACUACCACUAUUGGUUAUAUUGAAGAAAUUUUUGAAACGGCGUACAUCUAUACCAAUUCAUACAGUUCGCUUACCACAACCACUGCUACUGGUAGCACCAGGUAUGUUUUAGCAACGGGCAUACCAUUCCCUACCGGAUCCUCUACUUCUGAUGAGACAGACGUCGACUCUAGUGUGUCCAGUACUCUUGGUUCUGCUGUAUCUGCAGUUGCUUCAGAGGUGGAUUUUGAAAUUAGUUCAACUGUUACUUCUGUGUCCAGUUCGGCUGUUACCUCUGGCUCCAGUUCUGCUGUUAUCUCUGGAUCCAGUUCGGCUGUUCCCUCUGGCUCCAGUUCGGCUGUUAACACUGACUCCAGUUCGGCUGUUUCCUCUGGCUCCAGUUCGGCUGUUACCUCUGGCUCCAGUUCGGCUAGUUCAUCUAUUUCUUUCCCAUCAUUCUCAGCUUUGUCGGAUGCGGCAGCAGCAGUGUCAGAAUCAACUACCUCCAUCCCAAAGGGUGACUAUUCUACGUCAACAUCCGCAACUACCACCACAUUCCAAGAUGGAUCAUCCGCUGUUAUUGAAUAUGUCGUUUUGUAUACCCAAGACUGUUAG